AUGGAACGUCUCUCUGAAAUAGCGAAGAGCCAGCCCCAUGCGGCGUAUACUGCUUUCACAAAAGGCUACAAGUCGAAGUUCACCUACUUCAUGCGCACGAUUGAAUCAUUUGAAGUUUAUGUCGAUCCAGUCCAGGAAGUGAUUGAAGAUUUACUACUCCCAACUUUGUUCGGUCAAUAUAGAGCCGCUCCCUAACGAGAUGCGCAGACUUGCUACCCUAGCAACAUGUCAAGGGGGUCUAGGCAUUCCUGAUCUGAAAUCCGAGGCACCGCAGCAGUUUGCUGCCUCGAGGCUAAUAACCACCGCGCACGUAGAUUCUAUUACUUCACAGAUUUCCAUCAUGGUGCCAGGAGAAAGAUCUACGGAGGAGCUAAAGAGGCAUCAACAAUCACUUAAGAGAGCAAGUGCCAAAGAGAAAAUGGAUAGCAUUGAUUCAAGCCUCUCCCCAGGCCCGCUGCGUCUGGUUAAUCAAUCGAGGGACAAGGGCGCAAGUUCUUGGCUGAAUGCGAUGCCUGUCACAGACAAAGGUUUAGCCCUCAACAAGCAAGAGUUCAGACACUCGCUACGCUUGCGUUAUGACUUACCAAGUCAUAACGAUUUACCAAGUCAUUGCAUUGCAGUCGAUUUACCAAGUCAUUGCAUAUGUGGGGAAAAAUUCACCGUUAGUCACGCCCUCUCUCGUAAAAAGGGGGGGUUGUAGCGCAGAGAAAUGACGGUGUACGGAACUUGUUAACGACAUUCAUCGACAAGAUCUGCAAUAAUGUCGAAAUCGAACCACGCCUUCAACCCCUGGACAACGAGCGAUUUCAUUUGAGGAGCGCUGUUACAAGUUCUGAGGCAAGGUUGGACAUAGGAGUUACGGCAUUUUUUGAUGUUAGAGUUACGCACGUCAACUCCAAAUGUUACCAGAGCAAGCCAACAUCGGAAGUGUUCAAAGAGCAAGAAGAAGAGAAGAAGCGCAAGUACCAGCAGCGGGUGUUAGAUGUAGAAAUGGGUUCGUUUACCCCUUUAGUGUUUGGAACCAAUGGCGGAAUGGGAAACGAGUGUCAGCGGUUCUUAAAGCAUCUCGCAGACAAGAUAGCUCAGAAAGACACCGAACCUUAUCAUGUUGUAAUCAGUUGGCUCAGGACACAGAUCUUGUUUGAACUCUUAAGAUCGGUACAUGCAUGCGUCAGAGGUUCGUGAACGCCGUUUCGUAGCAAGAUAGAGCAAUCAUUAGACUGUAAAAUAAAUGCCGCUAGUGCGGAUAUCUGAACGUGUCUAUAUGCUUUUACUUAGGGCUUUUUAUGGACACUGGUUUAGCCGUCAUUAGUAUAAUUCCAUUGUACGAUCUUAAUAUCUCUGCAUAAUGCAAUUCUUAAUUUUAUAGAAUUUUGAACUUUUAUCAUUAUUCAUAUCUAUUCCCUCUUCUUUUAUGUAAGGUUAAGUUACUUCUAUUUUUUUAGAAUUUGUAAAUGAAUAGUUUUUUUCUUUCUUCACUUAUUAUAUAUAGGAUUGUUUUUUGUUCUCUAAUGAAGGAAUUGUAGAUAGUGUUUUGAUGAAUUAA